AUGACAUAUCAGACCCACUGUUCCACUCCGCUGAGCCUCUGGGUUGAGCCGAGUGUUCAGGGACUCAGUAGGGAGCGGGUGGGUGCUGAGAACACCCAGCCACAACAGGAUAAGAGGACUCCACCCACUCACUCACCUCACCACCUGACUCACCCCUUUGGUCUCACCCCCAGCUCUGUCAUGCAGGACCCCAGAAUACAGAGUCUUAGUUUGCCUGGGCAGAUGCACCACGUGGUACCCUCGGGUGCCAUCCCAGAGGAGUACCUGAGAGCGCUCCGGCCCUUCGCCACCUCAGAUGACCUCCGACUGGCUUCUCUACCUCUGACUUUGGACCCUGCUGUUGCGGCUCAUGCUGCAGCUGCUGCUGCUUACUAUCAUCCUGCCUACAUGCACCACCCGAUGUCCUUACCAAGGAUGGAGGAGUCCCUGUGUCUUUCUGCUCUGCGGUCGCAGUUCUACUCUGUACCUGCAGGGGGCGCCUUCUCUCCUCUUCACCACUCUGCCCUACACUUGCACCUGCCUGGAAGCAGAUACCCAGGAGAACUAAACCACACAGCAGCACUGGCUGAGAGGCUACAGAUGGAGAAUGAGCUCCGCCAGCGAGAGAGAGAGCAAGAGCGUGAACGAGAAAAAGAAAGGGAGCGCGAAGCAGGGCUGGAACGAGAGCGGGAGAGAGAGAGGGAGGAGGAACGGGAGAGAGAGCUGGACAGACAGAAGGAGAGGCAGAGGGAGAGACAGCAACAGAUGGUCAGAGCGGCCGAGAGCCACUACCUGGCUGAGCUGCAGGCUCGGAGGGCACCACCGGAGGACAGGGCCAGGCCAGGGGAGAGGCUGACCCCGAACAGACUGGAUAAAAUUAAGGACUCAGAGCACCCAGGUUUCCCAGCACCCAAACAUCUGUCCCUGCAGUCUGGUCUUCACUCCUCCAGGGGCUCUAUUCCACACCCUGUUCCCAGCCUGGUGCCUUCUCACCUGGGGAAGCAUCAUGCUGCUGCUGGGGGGAUCCAUGGAGCUCUGGCAGCUGCCAUGAUGACUCAGAGGGCCAGCGAGGCGGCGUGGUUAACACGGCAACGAGGGCAAGGACAGGAGAGGGAGGGUCCACUGGAGAUGGGCCUCAGGUCACCUGGGAAAGGGGUGGAGCUGAGGAGAGAAAAUCACAGAACCAAUUCAGUCCAUCACAACCAUGCAGGCAACAAAGAUGCACCUCCCUGCCUCGGUGCGCCACCUCCCCUCAUCUCCCCCAAAGGUCCCCAUCAUCCUCCUGCCCCUACGACUACACUGUGGAACCCAGCCUCCUUUGUCGACACCCCCGCAGACUCCCGCAGAAAACUCAACCCUCCGACACCGCCAAGUCGGCCACCUCCAGGACUGACCAGAGCCGACAGGCCGUCUCUGAGUUGGGGGGAGAAGCUGGAAGAGGGAGGCAGAAAGAGGGCGGAAGGCACAGAGAGUACCUGCACUGACCUGGUGGGACGGUGUCAGGCAGCUUCUCCGUCUCCGAUGAGGGAGCGACAGAUUCAGCCUCCCAACAGCAUGCUGGUGUAUGACGAGGUUCUCCAGCAGCACCGCCGGCUUCUCAGCAAACUGGACCUGGAGGAGAAGAGAAGGAGGGAGGCCAGAGAGGGAGGUUAUUACUAUGACCUGGACGAGUCAUAUGACGAGAGUGACGAGGAGGAGGUGAAAGCCCAUCUGAAGAGAGUGACACAACAGCCCCCACUCAAACUGGAAGCAUCCUCCGAGAAAGUGGAUUUUAUGCGUGUGUGUGGUCUGACCACACUGGCCAACCGCGAUGAGCUUCUGGCGCGAAAGAGGAGGAAGAGGAGGAGGAUGAUGAGAGAGCGCAGCCUCUCUCCGCCGGCCGUGCGGGGCAAGAGAAAGGCCUCAUUACCUUCAACACCUACACCUUCCUUAACUACACCGUACUCUGCCGAGCAGAUGGACAGCACCCCGGAACUGCAUGAGAAAAAAGACUUCCUCCAUAUGUUCAACCUCUCCCAUGUCAGCCCACAGCAGAGGAGAGAUAAGGAGAGGACAGAGGAGCUGCUGAAGGCCAUUCAGAGGAAGACUGUGACAUUAGACACGCUCAGAUUUAAUCCUUUACCUCCAUGUCGCAGUCCUCCGGCUCCCUCAACUGGUAACUCCUCGUCAGUCCCUCUGCCGAGUCAGGCAAAUGGACAUCUGUACCCAGACUCUCCAAGCCCCUCCCCUCCAUAUUUACACAAACCCAAACAUCUCCCCCAUAAUGACACAUUCAAACCCUCCAUGGACUCCUACGUAGCCCGCAUCCCUCCAGCCUUGGCUCCCCAUCGUGAAAAAAAUGAAUUUAUGGAGCCUCAGCCAAACAGGAAGCCCCAGGGCCUGCAGAACGGUGUUGUUGCUUCUCCUCAGAAAAAGGAGCACAAUCAUGUGCAGAAUGGACGGAAUCGGCCCUGGGAAAGGUUCACACCUGAGGCCUUUGCUCAGCACUUCCACCAGGCUGUGUUGCAGUCAACACACAACACACUGCAGAACAAAGGAGUCUCAAAUUGUGUCAGCGAGACUGGCAUGAAGGCUGACCGCUCGUUGCCUCACAAUGUCUCUCAACUGAACAGUUCAACUCCUCAUCAUGCCCCUCACCAUGCACACAUCAAUGGCCAUCUCUUCCAUUCCCUUGUAGCCAGCGGGGACACUCCAGGGCCGCGGGAAAACCUGUCUGAUGAGGACGAGGAAGAAUCUGGUCCGGAGGAGGAAGAUGAGGAGGAGGAGGAGAUGGAAGAAGCUCCAAGGAAGUGGCAGGGUAUUGAAGCUAUUUUUGAGGCCUACCAGGAGUAUGCAGAUGAAUGGACUAUAGAGAGGCAAGUGCUUCAUGGUCAGUGUAAAAGACUUGAAGCACAGAAUUACAAUCUGACCAGAACUGCAGAACAGCUCUCUCUCACAAUGGGGGAUCUGGUGAGUCAGAGGCAGAAAGUGAGAGAGGAGAGGGAGCAACUGCAGGCCCAGCUUGAGCACUUCAGGAGGUGUUUGACUCUACCUAACAUUCACUGGGGCAGGGGGCAGGUCAACGGGCACACGCCGAGGUGACCUCUGACAUCAACUCCCUGACGGAUACACCUCUGACGGCGAAGGAACAGUAACAAGAACAAGACUGGAGCCAGAACACUCUCUGCACUUGAAGCACUUGAAGGAGCCGAUCCUUGUCUUGUUACCCCUUCUGGCAAAUCAGUUAUGUUAUUCGACUGAUUACCUGCCAUGUUUGCCACGGUGACCGUAAACCAUGGUGACCAUAUAGUCUGGGCAUUUCCGCUCUCUCUCUCAUUCUGCCUCUGGAUUGUAACAACACUGUGUUGGUGGAACAGCAUCUUUGUCAGAGUAACGCUAACCAUCCCCACUAGUCCCCGUUUUAGCUUUUAGGACUUUCCACCAUUUAGCUCAUAUCAUAUACAUUUUUGCUUAAAAUAUAUUGAUCCACACUAAUGAGAUGUAUCACGUGGCACAAAUCUGUAGCCUCUCUGGACAGAAAUGAGUAGAGAUUAAGCGUGCAGCGGUCACUUGGUUAAUGCUCAGAAUGAAAAUUGAGUCAAGGAAUCAAAGCACACCUCAGGCCUUAAACUUCAUAGGAUGCACUUGAAGUGGAAUUGGAGGAAAUACUUGACCGUCCUCUGUGUGGAAUAAUGUUGUAGUGUCUAUUAGCACCGUAUCUGACAGAUGAAGCCGUUUGUGUGCUGGUAAAGCUUCUACAGAGGAUAGGAAACAUCUAAAAGAUAGAAUCUAUAUAAUGGCAAAUGGUAUCGAUUAAGUUUUUUGAGGUUUAAUAAAUUUUCCAUUGGUAAUGUCACUUGUGAUAGACGAAGAAUUUUUGUAUGUUUUAUUGUUUGUUAACCAUUUCUUGUGGGAAGCCAUAUGUUUUGCUUGAAUUGCUGCUGGUCAGAAUAAAAAAUGUUUAGAAAAUAAAGGAUGUUAGGACAGUUGUAUUUGAAAAAUGUUAAUUGAUGUCAAAAUGUUUGGGGGUUGACCUAGAUGCACUGGAGGUGGAAGACAACAUGGCAAAUGUCAGUUUUAGUCACACAUGAUCAAGUUGUCAUAACGAUUGCUCAGAUGAUUCAUCCCAGAGUUUGUGUCUCUCCACAUGCCUAUAAAUGUCGAUAAACUUGAAGAGAAUAAAAGUUGUGAUAUUUUUAAAAGGCCUUUUGCAAUAUUCUACAUAUGUUCUUAAUAAUUGGCAUUGAGUGAGUACUUUAAGACAUAUUUUCCAGCCUUACAAUAUUUUGAAAAACUAAGUUAAAUGAUUUUGUCAAGAAAACUAGAAUGUUAAAUUAUUAUUCAGUUAAAUGUCAGGACUGUCAAAACUGAUGAAUGAUAUAUUUUCACUUGAUACUCGUAAAGUACUUGAAACCAAUCUCUAAUUGUUUAUGGGUGACAUAAACAUCCGAAUGGCACUAUCCCUCUGUGGAUAACAAACUCCUACUCUUCUUUUUAUCUUUUGAUGAGAUUUAUUGUUGUUCAAGAUAUAUAAAACUAAUUCAUAAUUUCUGCCCCUUUCCCUCUGAAUAUUGAAAUCCUAGGAGCCGAUUCCUACAAGCAUAAGCUACAGUAGCAAUCUCUCAAAAACACCUGACUUUCCUGCGUCACCUGUUCAGUCUCCUCUACAAACUUGCUGUGAAAUCCUGCAUAUUUGUUUCAAUCAGUUGUCAUGUAAUGUAUUAUUUGGGCUGUAUAAUUGUGAUGAAUUAUUUAUUAACAUAUAUUGCUGUACAUUCUGAAGGAAAUUUACAUUAAAAUAUUUGUAAAAUGUC